GCGGGGCGCGGUGGACGUCACUUCCGCGGGCGGCGCUAUGGCGAUCUUCAGCGUGUACGUGGUGAACAAGGCGGGCGGCCUCAUCUACCAGCUGGACCACUACGUGCCGCGCAGCGACACCGAGAAGACCUUCAGCUUCCCGCUCGACCUCGUCCUGCGCCCGCGCGACGAGCGCGUCGUCGUCGCCUUCGGGCAGCGCGACGGCAUCCGCGUGGGCCACGCCGUGCUCGCCAUCAACGGCGCCGAGGUGAGCGGGCGCUGCACGGCCGACGGCAAGGACGUGCUGGAGUUCCUGAGCAACCCCGCCAACUACCCGGUGUCUAUCCGCUUCGGCCGCCACCGCCUCUCUUCCAACGAGAAGCUGAUGCUGGCCUCCAUGUUCCACUCGCUGUUCGCUAUCGGGUCGCAGCUCUCCCCCGAGGUGGGCAGCUCCGGCAUCGAGAUGCUGGAGACCGACACCUUCAAGCUGCACUGCUUCCAGACGCUGACAGGGAUCAAAUUCGUAGUGCUCGCUGACCCCAGGCAAGCUGGGAUAGACUCCCUUCUUCGCAAGAUCUAUGAGAUUUACUCUGACUUUGCUCUGAAGAAUCCUUUCUACUCCCUGGAGAUGCCAAUCAGAUGUGAAUUGUUUGAUCAGAACUUGAAGCUUGCUUUGGAGGUAGCAGAGAAAGCUGGAUCAUUUGGACCUGGAUCAUAGAAAACAUGUUGCUUGUUGCCCAGAUUCCUUUCUCUAAAAACUGGGGCCUUUUUCUUCCCUGGCAAACCUCUCCCAGAUCUCCCUCUUCCACACCAGAGACCACAUAUUCCCAAACAUGCUUUGUAUCUGCCAAGAUAAUGUUCUGGCCCAUUCACAAAAUUUACCUUAAACAAUUUAUUACUACUGUUUACUUCUGGGCCACAGAAUCUUCUUCUGUUGCAGCUCCACUACCCUUGAGUAAGAAAGAUAUGGUAUAGGCUCUGUGGCCCUACUGCAGUCAAUUGUUCCCUUUCAUUUUGUAAUUGUAUAUAUGUAUUUUUCCUGUAUAGCUCUAACUUAUGAUUUUACUAAGGGUUUCUGUGUAGAAGUAAUAAACAUUCCUUAGAGAGGUG